AAUGGUAAUUUUGGUUUUCGUAAAUGGGAACAUUUCGUCGAGUGUGUGUUUUUAGUGUGCGUGUGCCGUGGAAAAAAUCAUAUUUGACUGUUGUCGUUGUUGUCCCCUUGCCCCUGUUGCUGUUGCUGUUGUUGUGCCCCUGCUCCCAUUCCCCACCCCCUUUUGCCCUGGUAGAUGCCUCUAAUUUGUGUUUUUUUAGUUGUGUCUAAUGCUCUCCGAGGGCGUCGGCGUGUCCACGUCAUAAGCGUCGCUGCUUUGGUGGGUUGGUUCCACUGUCAGCAGUCAGUUGUUGCUGUUGUGCUGGGUGUUGCUGUUGUGCCUGGUGUUGCUGCUGCUGCUGCUCAUGUUGCUGCUGUCGUCGCUGUCGGUAUAUCGCUGCUAUUCCCGCAUAGACCGCCCAGCUGCGCGGAGACAUCUUCAAUCGCUGAAUUGUUGCGCGUCGCGUUGGUUCGCCGCAGUUCCGUCCGUCUUCCCAUCAAAGUUGCCAUGUCCAGUCCCCCCCAAUCCCCUCGCGGAGGAGGAGGAGACACCACCCUGGCCGCCCUGGGUGCCCAUAUGGCCCCCUGUCGCAAUACCACGCCCGAGCAGUUGGCCCAGCUGAUAGACGCCCACUUGGGAGAUUUGCGCCAAGAGCAGCCCAACUGGACCAUCAGUUCCUCUAAAGUGGCUGGACGCGGGGUGUUCGCCACCAGAGACAUUGCCGCCGGCGAGCUAAUAUUCCAAGAACGAGCCUUGGUCACCGGACCAACGGCCAGGAAGGGCCAGCUUAGCAGUUGCAUCUGCUGCCAUGAAACCUUACCCCAAACUGGAUUUCUUUGCCGACAUCGCUGCACCUUGCCUGUUUGUGAAUCCUGUUCAGAUUCAGAGGAGCACCAGGCAGAGUGCGAGCAUUUUCGUCGCUGGCAGCCAAAGGAUGUCGAUGCGGAGCUGGAGCAGGUGAAUCCCCUGUCUUUGCGAAUCCUCACUGCAGUUAGGGUCUUUCAUUUGGGAAAGGAACAACGGCAUUUGGUGGACGCCAUGCAGGCGAAUGCCGAGCGGGCUUACCGGCGAGAGAUCAUCAAGGCUGCCCAGUGCUUUCGAAACUUUCCCACCACGGAUCGGGUGUUCAUGGACCAGCUCUUCCGGAUUGUGGGUGUGCUGAACACGAAUGCCUUUGAGGCUCCCUGCCGCUCUGGUGGUCACGAGACGCUCCUGAGGGGUCUGUUUCCGCUGACGGCGAUCAUGAACCAUGAGUGCACCCCAAAUGCGAGUCACUACUUCGAGAACGGGCGAUUGGCAGUGGUGCGAGCAGCGAGGGAUAUUCCCAAGGGUGGCGAGAUUACCACCACCUACACAAAAAUCCUUUGGGGCAAUCUCACCCGGAACAUCUUCCUUAAGAUGACCAAGCAUUUCGCUUGCGACUGCGCCCGGUGCCACGACAAUACUGAGAACGGAACUUAUUUGUCGGCGCUUUUUUGCCGGGAGCAGGGCUGUCGGGGUCUGGUGAUCCCCGUCCAGACCCGUACAUUGCAGCCGGAUUGGCGGUGCAUCACAUGCGAGAACGUAUUCCCGCACUCGAAGAUGGCCAAGUACCAGGACUUCGCCUUGAACACCAUAAACAAUCGGAUUAACUCGUGCAGUGUACAGGACAUGAUCCACUUCAUCAACGAUCUGUGUCCGCGAUUCUGUCCAUCCUCGAACUAUGUGUUGAUCGAGGCCAAGCUGAACGUCAUCUGGCGAAUGACGCGGUUCGACCGGGAGGAAUACACGCCGGAGGAGAUGGGCCACAUGGAUCGCUAUCGCGAGGAGGUUUUGGCCAUACUCCACAAGCUGGGAGCCGGGGAGUGCACCCUAAAGAAGCUGAUCACUGGGGAAAUUCAGUAGGAGGGAGAUCCUCCCCUGAACUUGUGAAUAACUAUUUUUUUUGAGUGUGAUUGAGUGAGUGCUUUUGUCAAAGAAUGACUGUUUUUGGGCUCAAUGCCCUUUUGUUGCUAUUUUAUUCUUAGUCACUUAAGGAAAACAAUAAACACUGAACUAUGUCUAUUUAA